CAGUCAUUCAGAUAAUAAUCUGGCGGAACUGGAACUCUCAACAACCAAGGAAGAAGAUCGAGCUGUAUUACUGGAAGGAGGUCUUUCAAAAUCUCCAUCUGUGAAGUUGUCAAGUUCAUCGAUAAAAACAAAUAUUUUUAGGUUUCUUACGAUGGAGGAUGCAUUUUUGCUAGAAAAUCGAGCAACUCUGAGAGCAAUGUCUGAAUUUGGGGGAAUCCUGUUCUAUUACUAUAUAUGUGACCGUACAAAUCUCUUUGCAGAUUCUACUAAGAGCUACAAUCGCGAUCUCUUCAUCUUUCUGUAUGUUCUUCUGAUCAUAGUUUCGGCAAUGACUUCUCUCAAGAAACAUAAUGACAAAUCAGCAUUUUCUGGCAAAGCGAUACUCUAUCUUAAUCGCCAUCAGACAGAGGAGUGGAAAGGAUGGAUGCAGGUUCUCUUUUUGAUUUAUCAUUAUUUUGCUGCAAUAGAGAUAUACAAUGCAAUUCGUAUUUUUAUUGCCGCAUACGUAUGGAUGACUGGUUUUGGGAACUUCUCCUAUUAUUACAUAAGAAAGGAUUUUAGCCUAGCUCGGUUUGCUCAGAUGAUGUGGAGGCUGAAUUUUUUUGUAAUCUUCUGUUGUAUUGUUCUCAACAAUGACUACAUGCUGUAUUACAUCUGCCCGAUGCACACGCUUUUCACCCUGAUGGUUUAUGGGGCCCUUGGCAUUGGCCACAAGUACAACGAGAUAAGAUCAGUAAUGGCUGUGAAGUUUCUUAUGUGCUUUGUUGUGGUUAUCUUGGUUUGGGAGAUCCCUGGAGUAUUCGAAUUUGUUUGGAGUCCUUUCACCUUUAUGUUAGGCUAUACUGAUCCAGCCAAGCCAGAUCUCCCCCGAUUGCAUGAAUGGCAUUUUAGAUCUGGGCUUGACCGCUAUAUAUGGAUUAUUGGCAUGAUAUAUGCCUAUUUUCACCCAAAUGUUGAGAAGUGGAUGGAGAAACUGGAGGAGUCUGAACCAAAGCGGAGACGGGCAAUCAAGACAUCCAUCUGUGCAGUAUCUUUAAUCAUUGGGUACUUGUGGUUUGAAUACAUAUACAAGCUGGACAAGGUAGCUUACAACAAUCUCCACCCCUACACAUCGUGGAUUCCCAUUACUGUUUACAUCUGCUUGCGUAAUUUCACUCAGGAGCUGCGGAAUUUCUCUUUGACACUCCUAGCGUGGCUUGGCAAAAUUACCUUAGAAACCUAUAUCUCGCAGUUCCAUAUCUGGCUGAGAUCAAAUAUGCCGAAUGGACAGCCUAAAUGGCUCCUUUGCUUUAUCCCGGGCUAUCCUAUGCUAAACUUCAUGCUGACUACAGCAAUUUAUGUCUUGAUAUCCUGCCGCCUUUUUGAACUAACCAACACACUCAAAUCCAUUUUCGUACCCACAAGAGACAAUCAGAAGCUGCUCCACAACUUUAUCGCUGGUGUCGCUAUUUCUGUGUGCUUAUACAGCAUUUCCUUUAUUCUUCUUCAGAUCCCUCAUUAAUGAAUCAAUAUGGUAAAAGGCCAGAUAACACACGGCAAUAGAGAAUGCUAGAAAGUUAAAAGGAUCAAUGUGGAACUGAAGUACUAGUAGAAUCCGAUUCUUGGACGGGGAUAGAGAUCUUGAUAUCAGCCCCAGGUUGUUAAGUCUGUGUUUCCAACAAUUUUGUGAAGUAUCACUUGCAGUUACCACGUUGAUUGUUCCAAAACGAAAACCAGUUUUGGCUAUUCAAAGUUCGGAGAAAAAGCAGUGAAGUUAGAGGAAGGAAAUCAUGUGUAUAUCGUCGAUUACCACGUGUAUUUGUUCCUUUUUUUCUUUUUCGUUUUCCUUUCACAUUCAUAUAUCUUUUCCUUAAUGUAAAUCAACAGUGGGAACGUAUUUGUUUCUACUUCAACGGACUUGAUUAAUUAAUUGGAAAUGCAAAUCUUGAUCUCCAGA